CAGGCUCUCAUAGAUAUCUUUAUUACACAAUAGUCCCCAAUGUAUGCGAAAUCAGUACAAUUUCCACUUCAUGUGCAGCGUCCGGAUACAGUGAGACUUGUUAUUCGUAAUAAUGAACCGUGAAUUACUAUAAUCUCAAUUCUUAGCCAUGGGGCAUUAUAAAAACGCCAUAAACCCAAUGAACCUUAAUCAAAAUCUUAGCAUAGCAUAGCAAACACUCUCCUUCUCCUGCCCACAUUUUAUUUUCUUGCCCCUGUUAAGAAUCCUGGGUUUUGAUUAGAUUAGAUUAGUGCUGUUUGUUUGUUUGGUUUUUUCAGUGGAGUUGCGUAAGCAUGAUGAGAUGGGAAAAGGUGGCUGGACAUGGAGGUGGUGGGCCUGGAAAAAGGUGGGGCCACACCUGUAACGCUGUACAAGGUGGUAGGCUUCUCUAUGUUUUUGGUGGUUAUGGCAUAGACAACAGACAUACCAACAAAGUUCAUGUUUUUGACACUGUUAAUAGAAUAUGGAGCGAGCCAGUGAUGAUGGGAACAUUGCCCUCGCCAAGGGACAGCCACAGUUGUACAACACUUGGAAAAUAUCUGAUUGUGUUUGGGGGCACAAAUGGGAGAGAGCCUCUUAACGAUUUGCAUAUCUUGGACACUUCUUUGAAUGCAUGGAUAUCACCCAGUCUAAGAGGUGGCCCUACUCCAAGGGAAGGCCACAGUGCCACACUUAUUGGUGAACGGCUUUUCAUAUUUGGUGGAUGUGGCAAAUUCAAUGACACUGAAAUAUACUAUGAUGAUGUUUACGUAUUGAAUACAGACACAUUGGUCUGGAAACACCUUGCGCCAUCAGGCACUCCGCCAAGUAAGCGUGAGACCCAUGCUUGUUCCUCUUGGAACAAUAAGAUGAUAAUCAUAGGCGGUGAAGACACAAACCACAAUUAUCUGUCUGAUGUUCAUGUACUCGACACAGAUACCCUUGCUUGGUGCAAGUUGAACACUACGGGCCAGAUUUUCCCACCGCGAGCUGGGCAUACAACCAUUUCAUUGGGCAAGAACUUGUUUAUCUUUGGGGGUUUUGCUAAUGAUCAGAGCCUAUGUGAUGACGUUUACGUGCUUGAUGUUGCUGCUGGUACAUGGAGUAAGGUCAUGCCCACUGGUGAGGGCCCAUCCGCCAGAUCCUCAGUAGCUGGGGAUUGUUUAGAUCCACACCUGGGAGGUGCUCUUGUAUUCGUAGGGGGUUGUGAUAAGAACCUUGAACCAUUGGAAGACAUGUAUUAUUUAUACACAGGAUUUGGAGCUCAAGGAAAGCAAUCGAUGAAGAAUUUGAUCAAUCAUAGAGGGCUUCAUUCUGGCUGCUUGUAGCAUUUUUGGCUAAAUAGUCUGCUACUCUGUUAGCCUCUGUAAAACAGUGCUCCACUUUGAUAUUUGCUUGUAUCUUCAUUUGUUUUAUAUCUUCCAUGAUCAGAUUUAGCUUGUAGUAUAGGCUCUUGUUGUCAUUGAUCAUUUGAACCAAAGAAAUUGAGUCUACUUCUAGUAUGAAACUAGAGUAGUUCUUCUGUAUACAAAGUUUAAUCCCUUUCCUAGCAGCCAUAGCCUCAGCUUCAACAUUACUUGCAAAAUGGAUAAGUGAUGAAAAACCAAGAACAAGGUCACUCUUAUCAUUCCUCAGUAUUCCUCCUAUCCCUGCAUUAGCAUUAG